UUACAAACCAGUUCUGGUUCAUCCGUUUCAUUCAACGAUCCACUUUUGCUCUUCUCAUUCUGCGUCAACGCCGUGUGCGUAUGUAAACAAAGGCACUGUGCCUUGCUGGAGGGGAAAAGUGAAGACGCCCAUGCAGAGUGCAGCAUAUGUAAGGAAUAACAGACGGGUGUGUUUUAAUCUGAUCCAAUUUGUCUUUUAGACAGUGGAGGAAAAUGUGUACUGUCUUACAUUGUGUCGAAAUGAAGGCACAGAGGUCAAAUGCUGCCUUUUGCAGAUUCGGUCUGUUUAUUUUUGUUAAAUUUGUAGUAAAUUAUUGCCUGGUUUGUUUGUCACUGUAUUAAUAUAGUUGUGCUCAACUAACAGUGUCUUUUUUUUGUUUCUUUGUUGAGGACUUACGUGGGUCAAAGCAUGUUUUUAUAUUAAAUUAUAACAUGUCAGUAAACUGUAUGUCCCUUGAUAUAACUAUUUUCCAGUGUAACCCUUGGUGAACUUAAUUGUUUGUGUGUAGCUGUGAGUUUAGGCUGCACACACAAAGGCGUUAUUUGAUAUUGGUUCAUGUAUAUCUUUACACACAAAAAUCACACACCGACCUGUGCAGCAUGUAAGACAACAGCGAAAACACGGGCCCCUCAGGCCGGAACCUAAUUGUUACUCUUGGUGUAGCUAGUCCAGGGAUUAGCUGCUGGCUGGGGAGUACUAUUCACUCCCCUUUUCAUUCCCUCUGACCACUGGGCCUUAUCACCAUCAAUUUGACACCUUGUUUAUCUGACGCUGCAGCCAGAUUUGCUGGCCUAGGAGAAAUGUUCACAAAGGCCCUGGAUCAUCAGCACUUUGAUUGUGGUCAUUCAUAUGGCUAUUACGCACUCUAGUCCCAGUUAUCCCAGCAUCCCUCUGUUUCCAUGAACUACAUGCAGUUUUUAGUCUCUGUCCCAGAGCCUGGUAAGCUAACCUGAAGGCCUGCCAGUUUGUCUCUGACGUUUUUGUUCUUCUUUCAUCUCAAACAUAAGUGUCCCUUUACUUGAUUUAUUUUUUUUUUGGUUUGUUUUUGUGUUCAAACACACGGGUUUUCAUGUGGAUUGGUUUAUUUUUUUCCCUCUGGUUUUUUGCACACUGCUGCCCUAUGACACCAGUCCUCGGGGACUUAACAGCAAGUGUGCAAUCUGGAGUUUGCCUCUACCUUCUGAUCGCCUUGUGAGUUUACUUCCAUUGUGCUGAAGAAGAAGAAAGAUACAGGUUUUAUCAGCAUGGCUUCUUUUAAGCUGGAUUUUCUCCCAGAGAUGAUGGUGGACCAUUGCUCUUUAAAUGCUAGUCCUGUUGGGAAGAAGAUGAAUGGGUCCCUGGACCACCCUGACCAACCAGAUAUUGAUGCCAUUAAAAUGUUUGUUGGACAGAUUCCCCGGUCUUGGUCGGAAGAGCAGCUUCGUGAACUGUUUGAACCUUAUGGAGCAGUCUACGAGAUUAAUGUUCUCCGAGACCGCAGCCAGAAUCCACCGCAGAGCAAAGGUUGCUGUUUUGUAACUUACUAUAGCCGCAAAUCAGCCUUAGAAGCGCAGAAUGCUCUGCACAACAUGAAGAUUCUGCCAGGGAUGCACCAUCCAAUCCAGAUGAAGCCCGCUGAUAGUGAGAAAAACAAUGUGGAGGACAGAAAACUGUUUAUUGGAAUGAUCUCCAAGAAGUGUAACGAGAAUGAUAUCCGACUGAUGUUUUCGCCAUAUGGACAGAUAGAGGAGUGCCGGAUACUCAGAGGCCCUGAUGGACUUAGCCGUGGUUGUGCGUUUGUGACAUUCACAGCCAGACAAAUGGCCCAGUCUGCUAUCAAAUCCAUGCACCAGUCCCAGACCAUGGAGGGUUGUUCAUCGCCAAUUGUAGUGAAAUUUGCAGACACUCAGAAGGACAAGGAGCAGAAGCGCAUGGCUCAACAGCUGCAGCAGCAGAUGCAGCAACUUAGUGCUGCUUCCAUGUGGGGUAAUCUCACUGGACUCAACAGUUUAGGCCCACAGUACUUAGCACUCUACUUACAGUUGCUGCAGCAGUCUGCCUCCACAGGGAAUGCACUCAACAACCUGCACCCUGUUUCAGGUCUUAAUGCUAUGCAGAACCUCGCUGCUUUAGCAGCAGCAGCAACUGCUACACAGGCCACACCUACGGGUUCUAGCGCCAUGACGACAUCUACUAGCCCACUAAGUGCGUUAACAAGCUCAGCAGGCUCCUCCCCCACCUCCAGUAGCAACUCCUCGGCGAACCCCAUGGCUUCUUUAGGGGCCCUGCAGUCUCUGGCUGCUAGUGCUGGAGCUGGCCUCAACAUAGGUUCCUUGGCAGGCAUGGCAGCACUUAAUGGCAGUCUUGGCUCUGGAAGUCUUUCUAAUGGCUCAGGAAAUACAAUGGAGGCACUGAGCCAGGCCUACUCUGGCAUUCAACAGUACGCCGCCGCCACCCUCCCUAGCCUCUACAACCAGACCAUGCUAUCCCAGCAGAAUGUGUCAGCUGCAGGCAGCCAAAAGGAAGGUCCAGAAGGUGCGAAUUUGUUCAUUUACCACCUACCCCAGGAGUUUGGAGAUCAGGAUCUGCUCCAGAUGUUUAUGCCCUUUGGAAAUGUAAUCUCUGCAAAAGUCUUCAUUGACAAACAGACUAACCUCAGCAAAUGUUUUGGCUUUGUGAGCUACGACAACCCAGUGUCAUCACAGGCAGCCAUCCAGGCAAUGAAUGGUUUCCAGAUUGGAAUGAAAAGGCUGAAGGUGCAGCUGAAGCGCUCAAAGAAUGACAGCAAGCCCUACUGAACGAGCUGAGACACUACAGGCUUAGUUAGGCAGGGUGGUGUUAUGAUCUCUUCCUGUUUGCCCUAGCAUGUUGGUGUGGCGUCACAGCUCAUCGUCCAGUCCUUGUCUACUACGCUUCACUGGUGCUUCCAAAUUCACAUUUGACGUUGUAGUUGACGUUGAUUGCCCAAAAGGUUUUGUUGUUUCCUAUGUCCUAUGUGCUGCCAAAAUAGGCACUAGAAAGGUUGCCUCUGAGCAUUUUUGAAUGUUAAAAUUUAUUACAAGCAAAAGAAAAUCUAUUUUUCUAGAAUAAGUAAAAUAACCACUCAAUUAAAAAACAAUUCAGUUUAAUAAGAGUCUCUAGUUUGUUUUUAUUGACUGUACGAUGGAGCAAUUUUUCCAGUGCCUCUCUUUUUUGGUUUUGUUAUGUUUUUUGUGGAAAAGCAGCUAAUCUCUUUAGAUUAUGUUGUAUGUGAGUGCUAGUGUGUGCCUUAUUAAAAAAAAGAAAA